AUGUCUAAAAGACCAGGAAAUGAAAAUGGCGAAGAAGCUGUAACCAAGAAGAACAAUCCUCAGUUAGGUGAUCCUCUAAAUAUGCUGAAAUGGAUCGACGAAAACAAGAGUUCCUUUCUCCCGCCAGUAUGCAACAAAUUAAUGUGAGUAAACUAUCCACAAACUCUGCCAAAUUCGAGUGAAUUGUUUUCAUCCUAGAGUCUUGACGUAUUUAUUUUGCUCACUAUUUCCAAAACACAAGAACAAAACUAGAAAACUCCAUGAAGGUCACUUGUUUUGAAACGUCCCUAUUUAUACUAGUUGAUAAAACUUGUGUUAUGUAUUGCACGCUCUUUCAAGGUUACGCCUAACUAAGUACGGUUGAAAAUUUCGAUACCCUUAGAUGAAUAUUUCAAAACUCGCGAGGUUGCUUAAAAAAACAUUCAGAAUUCAGGCAAGAAAUUUAUUUUACAAAUAUGUCCAAUGUAUGCGGUGGAAUUUAAUUUGGUGAUGGUUCUUUAAGGGUGCAAUAUCUUGCAAUAUCAGACAGUGGCUAUUGUGUACAUUCCGUGCAGUUUAAUGUUAUAGCACCUUUUGUGAACGCAAGGGGCACAAUAUCGUUGGACUAUUAAUCACUUAUUUCACUAAUCAAGGAGUAAUUAAAUUAUUGUUAAUUAUUUAACACCUUCACUCUAAUUAAUUCAUCUGGAACUUAUUUUAAAAGCCAUUGUUUUUUCAUUGAAAACGUAGAGCCCUUAAUUUUUUCACUAUUGUAAUAGUGGCCUGUCUACAAGGAAGCAUGCAAUUGUUAUUUUGAUUUAUCUAGACAGUAAAUUAUCUUUAAAAAAAAAAUAUCUUAAAAAUGUUUUUUCAUUGAAAACGUGAAGCCCAUAAUUUUUUACCAUUGUAAUGAUGGCCUGUCUGAAGGGAAGCUUUCAAUUGUUAUUUUGAUUUAUCCAGACAGUAAAUUAUCUUAAAAAUGUCCCUAAUAUACUCAGAACAAGAUGUACCAUUUCUUAUUGGGGGCUGACUAAUCAGAAGAUGUUAAUUAACCUUUUAACUCUCAUGAGUGACCAAGACAGAAUUUCUCCUCACAAUAUCAACACAAAUCAAGCAGACAAGUGUUGAGAAUAAAGAAAAUAUCAAUUAGGGGGUUAUAAAUUGAUCCAAUCCCAAAUUCUCCAAACUAACAUCACAUGCACUGUAUAGCAGACAGUAAGGAGAAUUACUGAUGAGAUCUUGGGAAUUAAAGUGUUAAUUAAGGGUGCUGACAGAGGUCACAGCAGUAAUUUUAGGUGUGUCUCGUCUACCAUUGGAGGAAAAAAAAAAAAUUUGGUUCAAAUGGAAUACAUGUAGUCUGGUUAGAAUCCAUCAAAGCAUUUCAUGAAGUGUAUAAGGAAACAAAUGUAAUGCAAUAUAUAGUAGGCAUGGUGAGAAUAUAUCGUGUUGAACAUUUGGUCAAAUGAUUUUAACAUAUGCUCAUGUAUUCUAUCAUGUAUAUCCCAAAAUUGACAUUACACUGUUCAACUAUAGCUUGGAGUGUGAUUGGAAAAUCCAGCAAAAUUCAACAUUAGCAGAUUGGUGUUUAAUUUUUCUGUUUUGUGGGAGAAAAUUGUUGUAAUUCCAGUUGACUGACAUUUCUGUUUGAACUAUUAUUUUUUUGCAAUUUCCUAUUGAAGCAUAAGGCUUAACCCUGUAACUCUCAAGAUCUCAUUAGUAUUUCUCCAUACUGUCUGCCAUACAGUUCUAGUGAUGUUAGUUUGGAGAAUUUGGUAUUGUAUCAAUUUCUAAUUCCUUAAUUUAUAUUUUUCUUUAUGCUCAUCACUUGUCUGCUUGAUAUUGUAUUGAAAGAUAUUGUAAAGAGAAAUUGUGUCUUGGUCACCCAUGGGAGGUAGAAGGUUGUAACUUUUAUCACUUGUUUCAUUACAAUACUUUCUAUUUACUAGAGGAAAUUGUAAGUUUUAGUAGACCAGUUUCUGUCUAAAAGAAAUGACACAAAAAAUGAAGUAUUAAAAAAAUGUCUAACCCUGUAUAUUUUCCCUUGACUUUUUAUUGCACUGAGAAUUGUAACUUUGGGGAAUUUUAUUUUAUGUGAUUUAAUCUAUGCAGAAAAUUGUUUUUGUUCAUAAUAACCCUGUCACUCCAAAGAUCUCAUUUUUAAUUCUCUUUACUGUCUUCAAUAUAAAUAUCAUGAUGUUAAUUUAGAGAGUUUGGUAUUGGAUCAAAUAUUAAUCCCUUAAAUGCAAUUGAUAUCUUUUCUAGUUUCUCAUUAUUUGUCUGCUUAAUAUUGUAUUGUCAUAGGAGAAAUUAUGUCAUGAUCACUCAAGAGAGUUGAAUGGAUAAAAGAGAAUCUGCAAUAAAAUGCAUGAUUGUUUACAAAACCAAUGAAAAUCCUUGAGAUUUAACCCUUUAAACCCUAAGAGUGAUCAGGAUCUAAUUUCUCCUUACAGUAAUAUUACUAAACCCUUCAUUAAGAUCAUGAGAAUAAAGAAAAUGAUCACCAACUUAAGAAUCAUUGAUCUUCAAAUGAAUUCUCCUUGUCAGUAGUAAAAGAAAUUUAUAGAGAAGAGUAUGAAGAAUAUGGAUACUGAUGUUAGGGUUUAAAGGGUUAAAGGUGAAACAGAAUUUCAAAACUACUUUUGUAACCUUUAGGUAUGGUGCAGGGCAGUUAAAGGUGAUGUGUGUUGGUGGACCAAAUGUCAGAAAAGAUUACCAUAUUGAUGAGGGAGAAGAGGUAAGUUAAUAAAGAACUAACAAUGAUUAUAUCAUCUCCUGAUAUUAGUGCUUUACUGCUUAAAAAAAAAAACAUAUGAAAGAAACAGAUAAGAUCUAAACACCUCCAAUUCUGCUCUAACAAAAUGCUAUUAGCAAACUGUGCCAGACAAAUUUUUUUUUCUCUAUGUAUUAUGGCAGCUAUUUCAGGUCCAGAAGGUUUUGUACUAGAACUGGCUAAGAAGCAACUCUCGGAGGCCUCAAUUUUGAUACACUAUCCAUAAAAUUGGUUUUGAGAUUAGGCUGUUUUUCUCAAUUAACCCUCUAGCUCCCAAGAUCUGAUUGUUGACUCUCCCCUGCUACACCUUUCCCUGUAAAUGAAAUACAAGAAUCUGGUGUGAGAUCAAGAUAACAACUCCUAACUGAUAUGGUUGUGUAUUCUUAUGACCUCUUUGCAGAAUAUUUUAUAGAUUCAUUAGGGAGAAAUUACCCAUCAAUCACUUCAGGAAGUUGAAAGGUUACUCUCUUAAGGGCUGGUUGAGACAUCAUGCCCUAUAAGAAUAAUCUUAGGAUAUUUCUUCACAAUGUAUUUGAAAAGCAACAUUUUUAGGCAAAUGAAGAUUGAUUGUGAUCUGUUAUAGAGAGUAUCCUGAUGUAAAAUCAAAUUUUCUUUACGAAUUUGUAACAAAAUAUCUUGCUGAGCUGGAAAGGAGGAUGACUGACCGUUUCUUCAAUGUCUUGCUAGUUCUUUUACAUGGUUAAAGGAGACAUGAACUUGAGGAUUAUUGAGAGAGGAAAAUCAAAAGAUGUAAUCAUAAAGGAGGGAGAGGUAUACUAAACUCAUUUUAUAAAUAAUGAGAAUAAGUUUUUGAUAAAUACAAUUUGAUAGAAAUGAUAUUUGAUGAUAUUUUCUUCACAACUAUUUUGGAGUUGAAAGUUUUCUUGGCUGAAGGGUCUUCAAACCAAUGUGAUUUUUUCUUUGUCCUCAGUUAAUUAUUUGAAAUCUUGAAAAAGGAAAGAUGAUGGUGACAACAGUUUAAAAACUAAUUGGAAAUAAAGGAAAAAUUUGAAGCACAAAAUAUUUGGUCCUUUGUUAUAUUUAUUGUUAAGGAAAACUUAAAGCAGUAAUUUAAAGCAACAUUAUUGCAGUUUCUUGAUCCCAAAUUGGCGUUCUCUUUGCCCUGAACCAUCCUAGUUGGGUUUUAUCCUGCAAAUUUAGAAGUUUGGAAUAAAUUCAAUAAUAUUUUUUCAGGUCUUUGUACUCCCAAGCAGGAUACCGCACUCGCCUCAACGGAAGGAGAACACUGUUGGAUUGGUAUGGUGCUAGUUGGUGCUCUUGUGUUUUUGUCUACUUUUUAGUUCAGAGUUAAACUUGUUAGUAUCCCAGUGAGUCUUUGAGGUCUUUUUAAAGAUGUUUCCUAACCCUUAAAUUUCCAGUGAUUGGGUUUGGAUCCAGGAAUUAGUGAUAGGGAGGUUCAAAAUUUGAUUCACAAAACACAGAAAUUUAUUAUAUACUUUAGGUUGAGUAGGCUAUGGUGUAAAAUUACUCAUGAGAUCUUGGAAGUGAAAGGGUAAAUAGAGAAGAUAUCCUGCCUUUUAGGUCAUUGAAAGAGAGAGACUUCCUGAAGAAACUGAUGGUCUAAGGUACGAUGUGAUGCACUCAUGUUCAGUGCAAUUAAUAAAAAUAUAAUAUUGAAGAACAGCUCCCUGAAAAACCUGUUGGCUGACAGAUAACUAACAAGCCACUGACAAUCUACCGCCAGGUUACUAAUUGGUGAUAUAAUCUAGCAUUAACAUCCAAAGCAAAACUUUGACUCUACUUUAUAUCUACCUUAAAAUGUUGAAAUACUUUGCAUGUGUCGUACCACUUAUAAAGUGAGUUGAUACCAACUGUCGGCUGUUGGUUGGCUGCUUGUUGGUGAAUAGCUGAGCUUAAAACUUUCAGCCAAGGUGAAGCUGUUCUUCAUAGUUACUGAUAAAUGCACAAGCAAAGCAACCUAUGGAGUAGCAUGACAAUUUUGAGGGCUUUAAUUUCUUUUGGAUUUUGCAGAUUUUCUUUGACUUGAAGUUAGUUUGGACCAUCGGAAAAAAUGGCACAAAAUGAAAUGUCACAAAAAAUUUACCAUCUUUUGUCAAAUUAAAAAUUUUGCAUACAAGUCAAGUAUCAACUAGUUGAAUUCUUUACUAUGGGAUUAAUUCAAAAUAUCCAUCUUUUAAUUAUCAGCCAUAUAGCUCCCCUAUGUAUUGUUCAACAAGUUGGAAUCCCAUUACAGCUAUUCGUGCAUGUCUUUUAGAGUUGUUUUCUCAGUAACAAAAUCAUGAAUGUAAAUGUAUAUUUAUCAAAAACUUGUUCUCAUGUAAAGGUAUUUUUGUGAAGAUGGUGUGACACCUCUUUGGGAAAGAUGGUUUCAUUGCGAAGACCUUGGUACGCAGCUGGGACCAAUCAUCAAGUCGUAAGCAAUAGAUCAAAUGUAUUCUGUUCCAUGUACUUGAAUAUUCUGAACUUUGCAAUGGGCCUCACUCUUCAUAGAGUCUCAGUGGCUCAGUGGUAGAGCAUUAUAAUGUGGAAUCUGAAGGUCUAAGGUUCAAUUCCUGAUUGGGACUUAGAGUUUUCUCUUUGUCCCUUGCUCAUGGCAAGACCAAAAACAUCUUUCUCUACUUGAAUGUUGUUACUAAACAAUCAUUAUGGUAAUUGAACUGAGUGGAGUGCCGUUAAGUCUGAAAUCAAAUCUAUGAUUUCAAAAUUGAACAGUUGUGCAGGGCAAGCUUUAUUUAUAGUCACAAGUUUCAUACCAAAAUUGCACAACAAAGUUCAAUUACCACAUUGGUACUUUUUUUUGAAAUUCCAAAAUUCAGUCACUCCAAUACAAGUUAUUUAGUCUGCACAAAUCUUUUAUUGAUCAAGUAUUGAGCUGGUUUGUAAAAAGUUGCAAAAGUUGUCAUCGUUUUUCUGCAAUUUGAUUGGCUUCUCUAAACAAGCCUUCAAAUCUGAUUGGUUGUCAUAUUUUAGUAAAACUGUCUCAUUGGCUGGGAAAAAGAUGAAAUUCAAAGCAUGAAAUGGUGUGAUUAAAAUCAUAUGGAUGAUAGCCAAUCAGACUGCAAAGAUUAUCAAUGAUUUUAAAAUGGAUGUAAUAAAUGCUGUCAAUUUACGUAUGUGGUGCUGUGAUUACAGCUUUUAAAAGUAUUAAAAUGCUUUUGUUGUCUGUGUAUUUUCAGAUACUUUUCAUCAGAAGAAUACAAAACAGGAGUCCCAACCUCUGGUUUGUAGAGAUGAUUUUUAAUGGAAUUUAGAUAUAAUUUGUUUUAUUUAAAAAUGUCCUGAAAAGUUUUUCUGUCUAUAUAUCUGUUCAAGCCACUGGUCACCAAUGCAUCUAGAAAUUUACUUUUGGUGAAAACAAGUUUAAUCCCUAACCCACCAGUUAGCACAUAGUUCUUAAUUCUUGUCAAUGUUCUUUUUUGUGUGUGUAAACCAGCUCUCAAGAAACCAAAUCUUUGUAAUUUUAUUCUUUUAAGUUCACCUGGUUAUCUUUUACUAAUAGAAAUAUAUUGUAUGCAAAGAAAAAUCUUUAAAACCAUUUAUUUUUGUGCUUUGCUGCAAGGCAAAAAUUUUGUGAAUCAGACCUUUUGGUAGCCAAAUUGUUCUCGUGGAGAUUACAAUAAAUAUUUUUAAGUACCACUUGGCACCUUAGAGAGAAAGUUAAUUUCAGAACCUGCUAUAGUUUACCAUGCAAUAGUUGAGAUGUAGAGCUGUAUGAAAAAUUUCCUAAGUUCAUUUAUUAUGUUCGUUUGCUAAUUUUUGUUGCUUUUUUUUUGACUCUGAGAAAUCCUCCUGGGGGAAUGGUCAAUUGGCAAUUACAAGAUUUAAUGAUUUAUAAUAAUUUAGAGACUGAUUGUUAACAAUCAUUGUGCCAUUUUUCUUUUUUUUUUGGAUUGCUUAGAAAAUGUUUCCAAGGACCCUCCUGUCAAAGUCGACCUUGAAACUGAAGUCAGUGAACCCUUUUCACUGAAAGAGGUACAUAUGUUAAUUUUAUUAUCACAGACUCUAAACUUGGAUAAAAAUUUUAAACAAUUGUAACAUGUCUGGGAAAUCUUAGUGCCUUUUAUGAUUCAAACCUCAGAAAUUAUGAUUUCACAGUCACAUGUACAUAAUAUUAUGUUAAUUUUACUCUCACUGUGAAAAUGAAGAAAGAUUUCAAACAAUUUUGGAAGUUUAGGGAAGCAAAAAAAUUUUAGAGUUCCAUAGGUUAACUAAUAACACAGCAACCUUCAUCACACAGAGUGGUUUUCUCCUAUCUUUUAGUGGAUUGCUGAACAUAAAAGUGUCAUUGAAUGUGGAACAAAGGAGCUGUUUGGUGAAGGAGAAUUCAAGGUGAGUGCUUAACUUAUGUUUUGCACUUACUUCUUUGUUUUGGCCUUUUUUUUUCCAACCAGAUUCCUCUCCUUUAAAACUCUUUGAUCCAUAAGAGUUACAAAUCUAAUUUCUACUUACACUACCACCCUGAAUCACACAUUAAGGUAACCAUGAUAAAGGAAAUGAUCACCAGUUUAAGAGGCUUUUGAUUGUCAAAUAAAUUCUCCUUUUCAGCACCAUCAAGAAAUGUAUAGAGAACGGUAUGAAGAAUGUGCAUACUGAUGUUAGGGUGUAAAGGGUUAAGAGACCAGUGCUUUAUUUUUUAUCGGUGAGAAGGUAUUCACAUCACUCAGAUACCUUUUCGUAAUAGAAUAUGGUGUUUUGACUUGCCUUACUCAGGGCACUUUGUGGUUUCUCAUUCUUCUGGGCUAUAUUGUCUAAUGAUAUGUGCUGGUUCAAGCUGUGAUAUCAGUUAGUCUUGUCAUGGAAAGUAAUGAGGACAACUUGAAGCAAAGCAAGGGUGUCUAUUACAAGUGCAAAACUACCUGUCAAGAAAACUGGUGCAUUUUUUUCUCAUUGCAAUAGCUUGCUGUGUAAAGAAGAGAAAAAUCGAAAAAAUUUGUUUGUCAAAUGCACUGAAAUGGGCUUGUUAACGAGUUCAUACUGGUCAUCAUUAAGUUCUAUAUUGGUUUACAAGGUUAGCAUGAAAGAACAAAAACUAUAAUCUGAAUGAACUUGUAUUCAUGUUGGGCUGCAAUCAUCAAAGGAUGCCAUGAAUACUUUAACCCUUUACUCCCUAACAUCAGUAUGCAUAUUCUCCAUACUACUCCUGAGACAUUUCCUAGGGUUCUGACAAGGAGAAUUUUUGUAUCAACAGUCAAGAGGUUCUUUAGUUGGUGAUCAUUUCCUUUAUUCUCAUGACCUUGAUGUUUGAUUUAGGGGUGAUAUUGUGAGGGAAAAUUAGAUGUUAAUCACUCUUAGGGGUUAAAGGGUUAAGAGACUCACAUCUGGUCUCACCUCAGUACAUAAACUUGAAGGCUUUUGUUUUCAUGAUCAUUACAAAUGCUAAGUCUUACUUGUUUCUUUAUUCGGUAUGAUUUUAUUUUCUUGUAGAUAAAUGUACAUGGUGAAGGGGAACAAACUGGUGAAUGGCAAGGGGAAACAUGGCUUUAUCAAUUGGUGAGUGUUCGUAUGUUGUUCAUGUCACAGAAUGUUUCUUUGUGAACAAAAUAUUCUACAUGCUUCUCAUUUGAAUUAAUGAGCCCAAGCUUGUCUAGGAAAUUUGAAGGAGUGCAUGAGGAGAAGUCAUCACUCAAACCUAGCGGCCAAUCCAGCAAGAACAUAUUCCAGUUCAGCAAGUAGGAUUGUUAAUACUACCCCUUGAGUGGGAUGCCAGCUCAUCACAAGGUUACCCUACCCCCAACUCCAGUAUUUCAUCAGGCUUCCCUAACAAUUCACCAGUACCCAUUUGUACUCCUAGGAGGAGAGAGGAAAGUGUUUUGCCCCAAAACACAACUCAAUGACCCACCCAAGCCUUGAGCCUGGGCUUCUUAACCCAGAAUCCAGCACAGCAACCCAUAGAGGAGAAUGAACAAUCAGAUCAUGGGAAUUAAGGAGCUAUUUACAUUUUUUUUUCAGGAGGGAGAUACAACUGUCUCAUUAAACGGUGAAACAAAAAAGAUUUCCAAAGAUGAUGUUCUUCUCAUUCCAUCGGGUGCUAAGUGAGUAACAUGACUUUUCUUCAUUUUUUCUUUUGCUUUUUUAUUUCUUAUUGGCCCAGUUAAUUUAUAUUUGUGAGUUAAUUGCAUUUAUCACUUUAUCAAUUUCACACACUUUUAUUGCUUAUUUUCUUACAUAUUUGCAAGAUAUUCCUUUGACCCACAGAUAGCAAAUGCUAAUCGAGGCGGGUCAUUUAUUUAUUUUCUCUUUACUGACUUAAUUAAAUUACACUGGAAAUAAAAUGGAAACGAAGAAAUAUAACAUAAAAGGACAAAAAGAUACACAAGAAAAGAAAAAAGGAAAAUGAGAGAUGUUUAUUGUAAAGGAGAAAAAGUCCCAGAGUUUCUAGGUGUACAAAAAAUAUUGUAGAACUGGUUCAAUUUAAUUCAAUUUUGCUGUGUUUUAAUUUUAGCAUUUUUUCAAGAUACAUUUUCCUUGGAAACUCUUUAUCAAUUCAGUGAGUAAUAUUUUUUUCAUUUUGACCUGCAGGUACACUGUGAAAAGAUCCAAAGGUUCAAUUGGUUUGAGUGUUGUUAUGGACCCAAUGGCUAACAAGUAAAAACAUGCUUGGCUGUAGUAUAGAGGAAGAAUUCAAAAGAAUGUCUUAACCCUUUACACUCUGAUAUCAGUAUGCAAGUUCUCUACACUCUUCUCUAUACAUUUCCUGAGGUACUUUGAGGAGAAUCUGUCUAAUAAUCAAAACCUUCUUUAGUUUGCGAUCAUUUGGCAUGACCAUAUAGUUUGAUUUAGUGGUGAAUAGAGAAAUGAAAUGUUUAUUACUUGUCGGAGUUGAAGGGUAGAGAUGCUUCACCAAUUCUCUCGUCUCAAAACUCAUUGUGAUCUUUUGACUCACAAGUGAAUAGACAGAUAAUAAGAAUAACGAAGAAAAUCAACCUGGGGAUAUUUUUUUUUUAAAAACAAAAUUCUGUUUACCUCGCAUUGAAGAAAUGUUUGGUAUUAGUGACGAGAAUUUGAUAUCAGAUAUCAAGGGGGAAGAUAGUUAGGAUAAAAUAUUGCGUAGCAAUGUAAGGUAUUAGUGAAGAGAAUUUAAUAUCAGAUCUCAAGGGUCAGGAGUUAAGAUAAAAAUAUUGCGUAGCAAUUUAAGGUAUUAGUAAAGAUAAUUUGAUAUCUGUCGGUCGCCACACAUUACCUAUUGAAUAAGUACGAGAGUUUAGUCUUGUUUAAAGGUAACACCAUCUGGAUGAUGAAUUUGUUUUCUCUCGUUAAUUUUUCAGGGAGUAAUGUUUUGAUAUUGUAGGGAGAAAUUUCAGGUUAAUGAUCUCUGGGAGUUGAAGGAGAUCCGGUUCCUAGAACUCAAACGUCAAACGCUUGAGUAGAACUUAAGAACAACUUUUUUGCUGAGGGUUGAGGAAAUGAAAAUGAAAGGGUGGGAAACGGUUUAACUGACUUUUCAAGGGAAAGUAAUUUUUAAGGAUGCCUCAAUACAAGAGGGACCUGCUGUUUAUCAUAAAGCAGUCAAAUUUUUUUCAUUUUUAUACUUUACGGAGACUCAACCCCUGGGAAAACUUUUUUGAAGGGUUCUUUUUUACAUAUAUUUAAAUGGAUCAUACUUUUGUUAUGAACAAGAUAAACCUACUGUUUACUCGGGUCCUAAAUAGAGUACCAAAGUUUUGAAGAAUUUUUUUGAACUUUGAGUUAUAUUUGACUGCUGUAACAUUGUGAAAAAAAAAUGGAAAUGAUUCAGUUAUUCCUUGUUGGAUUAUGUUGUACCACCCUGAAGGAUCAGUUGCGACGCGUUGUAAAUGUGAGUGCUUUUAGAUUAAUCCAGUAUCGUAAAAGCAAAACAAAAGUUCUCAUAUUUGCAAAUCAGAGCGCGGGAGAAUAUCACCAGGAACCAGUGAGAACUCAAGGGCAGCAAAACACGAUUGACCAACUCGCUAUUGAUUUUGGUUUGAAUCUGAUUGAUUGAGAAAGUGGCGCGAAAUUUCCAGACUAAUCACAUUGGAGUAAGGCAAAAUCAAAGUGUUCCUGGAUUACUUUUAAC